CUUUCCGGUUACAACUUUCCCCCCUGCACUGCAGUUCUGAUAAACUUUCCCUCACAAGCCACUUGUUUCCCUGGCAGCUGAAUGCAGGACGGUGGCAUCAUUAUAUGUGAAACUAUCAUUACAGUAUAUUGAGAGAGCUUGGAGACAGCCAUGCAUGCCUCCUGUCACUUAUUUAGAUAACAUAUAUCCUGGAUGCCUGAAGAUGUCCUAGCAUGGAUUGUACUCAGCUGCUGCUGCUGCUCUGCUGCUCUCUGGUAUCAGCCCGUGCAGGCAGCUUGCAUGACAGCAGGAACUGCCCGGACCUCAUCACUGACAGCUGCCUAUGCGAUGUGGAGCGGUCCAAGGGGCUGGGGAGGCAGAAACUCAUCCACGUCAAAGUGGUCUGCAGUGGAGGGGAGCUGGUGGAAACUUUACAGCCUACUCUGCUGCCUAACACCACAGUCACCCUGAUUCUCAGUAAUAACAAGAUAUCUCUUGUAAAGAACAGAUCUUUUCUUGGAUUAAACUCCCUUGUGAAACUAGAUCUGAGGAAUAACUUGAUUAGCACCAUCGAGCCAGGGGCCUUUUAUGGACUUUUUGAACUGAGGCGUCUUGAUUUGUCUAAUAAUAGGAUUGGAUGUCUGUCACCUGACAUGUUCUUAGGACUCCACAAUCUCCACAAACUAAAUGUGUCUGGAAAUAUCUUUUCAACUCUUGGAACUGAUCUUUUCAAAGAACUCACUUCACUAAAAGUCAUAUUUUUUUAUACGGAUUCACUCAUCUGUGACUGCAAUCUUAAGUGGAUCUUGAAGUGGGCAGUAAUGUCAUCCGUUCGUAUUAGUGAUGACACAGUUUGCGGGCACCCAAGCAGUGUCAGAGGACUGGCAUUUCGUACAUUACAGGAGAACCAAUUGACAUGCGAUGGACCUUUGGAAUUACCUUUGUUUCAAAUAAUCCCAUCACAGAAGCAGAUUGUUUUUCACGGGGAUCGUCUCCCAUUUCAUUGUACCUCAACAUACAUGACAAGUUCAAGUGAUAUAUACUGGAUUCACGAUGGACAGCUGAUGGAAACGGAUGAGGAACGUGGGAUAUUUGUGGAAGAAAGCAUAAUACAUGACUGUUGUUUAAUAACACGUGACCUCAUUUUGACCAGCGUUGACCUGGAGGCCUCUGGUGUUUGGGAAUGUCAAGUGAACACUUCUUAUGGAAGCAUCUCUAAGCAGAUCGAGAUUCUUGUUCUGGAAACUGAAGCACCUUAUUGUCCCGUGGAAAGAAUAAUCAAUAAUAGAGGAGAAUAUAGGUGGCCUAGAACGUUAGCUGGCAUGACAGCUUUCCACCUCUGCAGACAGUCUGCACACAGCUCAUUGCUCUUCUCAGAAGGCGGAGUAGAGCACAAAGCCUGGCGUAAGUGUGCCCGCACUGGCCACUGGGCAGAAGAAGACUAUACAGACUGCCCUUUCUCUCAUGAAGUGACAAGACAUCUUCAUGCCUUUAACCUGGUGCCUGUAAAUUAUACCAAUGUCCUUGAAUAUGCUCAACAACUAAUGACUUAUACCAAGAGAGCCUCAGACUUCACAGAUAAGAUGGAUGUGCUGCUUGUGGCGGACAUGAUGGAAAAGAUGAUAAGCUUUGUGAGCCAAAUCAAACAACUUGGGAGCAUUAUGAUAGAAAUUGCCAGUAACGUCAUGUCCGUGGAUGACCACAUCCUGUGGAUGGCACAGAACGAGAACAAGGCCUGCACAAGAAUCGUGCGGUGCGUGGAACAGAUAUCUGACCUGACAUUGAACAGUAAAACACAGGUCUUGUCAAAGGUUUCCCUUAAUAUUGCACUGGAGGCUGUCCUAAUCAAACCAGCAAGCUUUAUUGGCACGACUUGCGUUGCCUACCAGAGAACAUCUGCACAUUCGGAGAGAUCAUUGAUCCAUGGUAAUGAGGACGUAGAUUCAGAGAAUAUUCAGAACCACAAUUUAAUUUUAAAGUGCACCUCUGGCAAUCUGAGUGGCUCUCUGCUAAAUUUAUCUGCAAAAAACACUGUAGCCGUCGCUUCCAUUCAUUUGCCACCGUCUGCCUUUGCACAGUCUCCUUCGCUGCAAUCUGUUGAUAACUCCAGUUGCUUGCUACAGCUUAUUGUCUUUCGGAAUGGAAAACUCUUUCCGAUCACUGGGAACACAUCGGCUCUUGCAGAUCAGGGAAAACGUCGGGCGGUUGCUACACCAGCUCUGCUUUCUAAAAUAGAUGGGUACAAUUUUGGAAACCUCACUCAUCCAUUGACCAUAGCCCUGAGACACUUUACAAGGGGUGUCGAUCCUAUUGCUGCUUUUUGGGAUUUUGACCUUUUUGAUGGACAUGGGGGCUGGUGUGGAGAAGGUUGCCACAUAAUUACCUCUGUGGGCAAUAUAACCACCAUUCAGUGCACUCACUUCGGUAACUUCGCAGUGCUAAUGGAUUUGAAGACCGUCCUGUCUCUCCCUCAGUACCCAGGGGACUUCCUGCACCCUGUGGUUUAUGCAUGCACCGCCGUUAUGUUGUUGUGUCUGUUCGCCUCUAUUAUCACCUACAUUGUGCAUCACAGCACUAUUCGGAUCAGCAGAAAAGGCUGGCAUAUGCUACUUAAUUUCUGUUUCCACACUGCUCUUACUUUUGCUGUGUUUGCUGGAGGAAUUAACAGAACAAGCUACCCCAUAAUAUGUCAGACUGUUGGCAUUGUCUUGCAUUACUCCAGUCUGUGCACAGUAUUGUGGAUUGGUGUGACUGCUAGGAAUAUUUACAAGCAAGUUACAAGAAAACCUCAGCAAAACCAGAGUGGUGACCAGCCUCCAUUCCCAAAGCAGCCAAUGCUCAGGUUAUAUCUAAUAAGCGGUGGUGUCCCUUUUAUUAUUUGUGGAAUAACUGCUGCAACCAACAUAAAAAAUUAUGGGAACGGAGACCACGCACCUUACUGCUGGAUGGCUUGGGAACCCAGCCUUGGUGCAUUCUAUGGCCCAGUUGCAUUCAUUGUUCUUGUCACCUGUAUUUAUUUCCUCUGUACCUACGUGCAGCUGAAGCGCCAUCCUGAACGCAAGUAUGAAUUGAAGGAAAGGACGGAGGAGCAGCAGAGGUUGGCAGGUGCAGAAAUGGGUCACAGUCAUAUAUCUGAGGCUGGGCCAGUUGCCCAGGCAAGCUGCUCCUUGCUGUCAUCGUCACUGCUGGAGAAUGAGCAUUCAUUCAAGGCCCAGCUUCGAGCUGCUGCAUUUACUCUUUUUCUGUUUACAGCAACCUGGACCUUUGGGGCUCUUGCUGUAUCUCAAGGGCAUUUCCUGGAUAUGAUAUUUAGCUGUCUGUAUGGAGCGUUUUGUGUAACCCUAGGGCUUUUCACUUUGAUCCAUCACUGUGCAAAGCGAGACGAUGUUUGGCACUGUUGGUGGUCCUGUUGUCCAUCUAAAAGAAAUGCAUAUGCGGUGCCAGCUAAUGCCCGCCAAAAAGUAAAUAUAAACGGAGAUGCCCAAGGGCAUGCGACCUGUAUUCAGGAUUCACCUUGUGCUAAUAAAUCGCCACUGUACAACCACCCAUCCAUAGGUCAUUGUAAACUCACAAAUUUACAAGCUGUUCAGAAUCACGUCAACUGCCUUUCGCCGGUCACGCCAUGCUGUGCAAAGAUUCACUGUGAACAACUUAUGGAAGAUGAAGCUCAUAUCCAUGUACACAACGAAGGGGCUUUUAGACCCAACAUGCACGUUCACAGGUGUCUAAAAAGCAGAACUAAGCCACGCUACUUCAGUCGACAUAGAUCAGCCGCAGAGAGAGAGUACGCUUACCACAUUCCUUCUAGUAUUGAUGGGAGUAUCCAUAGCUCGCACACGGACAGCCCGCACAGUACACAUGAGGGCCACACGGGCCACAGACGGGGCUGUUGUGCAGCAAGUGACCCUUACCCUACAAUCAACCAGCCGGAGAGCAGCGAUGCAAGUACUGCAAUAUUUAGUUGCGGCAAAAUGCCCGACUCUGACACUGUGCACCAUACUCACUUUGAGAUGCAACCAAGGAGACAAUCAUAUCCAUUUAACACAACAAAUCCUAAUGGGGUACUCAAGGGUACCAUGCAUGAAGCCAUGGUCUAUAGUUCCGAUAAUACAGGAAAUAUAAAAACGGGACCAUGGAGAAAUGAAACUACUGUGUAGUUCUGGGGCUAGCUCUUAUGUCUUUCCUGCGCUGGUAACACGUAUGCCAUGUUUUUAAGUUCACUUGUUAAGUGUCUGUACAGCACAUCGGUACAUGUACAAUGCUUGGUUCUGUUUUGUUUAUACAAAGAAAUCAAUAAUAAUGGAGCAAUUGUGGAAAACAAAAUAACAUGUUAAAGAGGAAUAACAAUAAGUGUAUUGCAAAGAACCAUGAACACGAAGGUGCGAAGCAGAUAGAAGAGGCAAUAUCCCUUUCUUUUUAUGCUUUGUUAAAUCUUGAUACACUUCUCUGUGUUGCACAUACAGUACCACUGUUACCAUAACAAUAAAUUAUUCUAAACAUUUUUGUAAUAUGUUUUACAUGUUGUACUAUUAAACCAAAAAUAAUGUUUUACUGUAUCUCAUGUCAGAUAGAUAUCACUUGGUUCCAUGUUGUUCUAUGGGAGUGGCUGCACUACACAUCCAUAGAAUCCUGUGGGUGUAUUCUAUGGAAUCCAGCUGAUUCAGUAACUGCAGUCGUUAACUUCCAUUCUUUAUUAACGCCACCCAUUAAAUUGUAUCCAUGCCAACAAAUAGUGGUCUGACCUGAGUGCACAGCCUAAGCAUUCACUAUUAAUUAGAAGGUAAUGCCUCAGUGAUAUCACUAGUUCCUAAUGAAUGAAUAAGUUAAAAAGUGGUCACAAGAUGGCUGCUUACAUUGCAUGCAAGAAAUGGGGACACUGUAAAAUGGUGCCUAAAGUAAUUCACUAGCAGUCAUGCCCAGUUUGACUCCAACCCACCUUGACAUUAGUUAAAACUGACCCAGGAAAAUUGGUUUGCUGAGACAGGUCACUUGAAUGACAUAGGGGCUGGUGAUACCAUUCUGACAAAGAGGUAUAGCUAUACAAGGUUUUUAUUCUGUACAGUACAGUCUAGUGUAAUGAUAUUGCCUCUGAAUGUCUGCUGCCAGCACUCUAGAUUCACGUAUUGUCCACUCCGUGUUUGUCUCUCUCCAUGUUGGAGGGCAGAAAUACUGUAGCUAAUAUGACUCCUUUUCCAUCUGCAGUGUUGUAUUGGUUGUAAUUUGCAUGACGCAGGUCAGGAUAUACCAUUUGUUGUUUUUCAGUGUUACAUGUUUAAAAUGCAGUAUUGUUAAAGACUGUGGAAAUCA